GUUUUAUCGAAACACAAGGUCGUACAGUAAAUAGUACCUACAUGUGCACUAUAAAAAGGACCCAAAAACUAGAUACGAUUUUAAUUGGAUAUCUGAAUCCCAGAAGAAAACUUCAUUGUUAGAAAAUGUGCUGUUGUACUUAUGAAAAUUAGUUACUUACAUAGAAUAACUUAAUCAAAAUGAUUGAAGGAUAUGGAGCAGUUACACAGGCCCUCUUGGGGACCUUAUUGACUUGGGGGCUCACUGCUGUUGGAGCCGGUUGCGUAUUCUUUAUAAGAGGAAAACAUAGAAAACUACUUGACUUGUCGUUAGGAUUUGCAGCCGGAGUCAUGACAGCAGCUUCUUACUGGUCACUAUUAAAACCAGCCAUAGAAAUGUGUGAUACAUAUGGAGAAGAUGGAAAAUAUGCAUUUGUCCCAGUAGCAGGAGGGUUCUUGUGUGGUGCUGUGUUUGUGUAUGGAACUGACAGGUUCUUAGACUACCUUGGAAUUAAUUCUACUAAUAUGAUGAUCAGUAUCACCAAAAGCAAAGACUCGAAAGAGAAAUUAGAAGAUUUGGAAAUGAUGACCGCUUUGAACAGGCGACCGUCGGUACCGACGAGUGUCGUGACUAUGGAAUCCCCACAGCCCGCUGAGUUUGCUGACUGUAUCACAAACCAGCACACGGCACAGAGGCGGCGUGGUCAUCAAUCGCACAACUCACUGAAAAUUGGCGAGAACGGAGAAGGUGAUCACCGCGACAGCAUAUCUAAGUCGUUGGAAGCGCGCCAGUCACAGUGGAAGCGUAUCAUGCUGCUGGUAGUCGCAAUAACAGUCCACAAUAUACCUGAGGGGUUGGCUGUUGGCGUCUCCUUUGGUGCCACAGCCCCCAACGACAAAGCCAUGUUCCAGUCAUCAAGGAACUUGGCUUUGGGCAUCGGGAUACAGAACUUUCCCGAGGGGCUAGCAGUAAGUUUGCCUCUGCAAGCUGCCGGCUUUUCUGUAUGGAGAGCGUUUUGGUACGGUCAGUUAUCCGGGAUGGUGGAGCCGGUUUUCGGUGUCCUGGGGGCGGUCGCGGUGGCCGCCGCUAGACCCAUUCUGCCGUACGCGUUGGCUUUCGCGGCCGGAGCGAUGAUAUACGUCGUGGCAGAUGACAUCAUCCCUGAGGCAAACGCUUCGGGAAAUGGCAAACUCGCGACUUGGGGCUGCAUCGUCGGUUUCGUUGUGAUGAUGUGCUUAGAUGUCGGUCUCGGGUAAUGUUGCUUCCUAGGACCCGGACUCCGUGCCUUCCGUUCGACGACCCACCAGACAAAAAAACGUUUAACCACGUACCUACGCGUUUUAAAUCUGUAAAUUGAUUUUAAUAUAGCGAUGCAAAAAUUAUGUAUGUUUUUUUUACUAGUAUUGUAGCAGGGCCGUUUUAAUGAAAACAAAUGUUAAGUAUUUCCGCUUCUCUAUUCAAACAAAGGUUGUUCAUGUAUACAUACAGGGUGUUGUUCAGUUAAGUAUUAACUAUAAGGUAGAAUUCGAAUGACAACUGAUUAUAAUUGCGUUCCAUUGCGUGCUAUAGAAAAAUAUUAGUAAAUAACACUUUGUCUAUUGUAAGAAUGUUUUCACUCGCAUAUCGUGUUAGGAGUAACUAACUCCACCAUUUGUCGUUUAGAGUUCGCUUUCAAUACACCCUGUAUGUUUUAUAUAUCUUAGCGAAUUUUUUAUAUUUCGUUUUUUUUUCCGUUUAAAUAAUAAACUAAUUUUGAAAGUUCUAUCUAUCUAUCUCUAGAAUUAUUUACCACUGUCCUAAAUUUGGUAGUUCUUAGGUGUACUUUGCGAUCAGUACUUAAAUUUAUUAACAAAAAAUCGAGAGGCGUACUUUCUUUUCUCGGUAUCUUAGAGGAAAUCUUUGCUUUUUUCAACGUUAACCUUUUCAAAUUUUCUUGUUCAAGCUUACCUUUCAGUCAGCAUUGCUUCACUUCGCUAAUAACAUUCGUAAUGUUUAAUUUAAAGCAAUAUCUUUCGCUGUCUUAUGGUUUUCUUUAGUUCGAGAGCAUUUGAUUUAAAUUCUUGUAUAACUUUUACAAUAUAAAGUUCAUCUCUAUUGCAAUCGCUUUAAGCGCCUUUCUUGAAUCGACAAUUCGUAAACUAAGUCUAAGCCGUUUAUAAUCUUGCAAACAACUGAAAUGAAACAUUUAGAAAUAGCGUUAUGUUUGUUGAAAUAUUAUCGUAACUGCGACAAAAUGCGUUUCUAACGCAGAAACGUUUUGGCAGUAUCUAGAAGUUCAAUUAUUUUUUUUAUAAAUGCAACAAAAUUGUAUUGCUUAGAUGGAUAAACUUAGAAUUUUUUAUUUAUUCAUAAUAUACAAUUCAUAUCAUGGUACAGGAUUCUAACGGCUUUGAGUAUGUCUCUAAAAAGGAAUGAACUUCUUUUCUUAAUUAUAUUAUCCAAAACAAUAUUAUUUGUUCAAAGAAAUAAUGUGUGUUAGGAGAAACAUCAUUGUCUCAAGAACUUUCAUUAGGUUGGAUGUAGUGACCAUAUCAAUUUUACUUAAAAUACAAAUACAUUCCAGUUAAACUCGAUCCAUAACACGAGACAAAAUUUCUUUCAGAUCAAUGACACAUUUAUUAAAACUAUUAUACAUUUACUUAGUGCAACAUAAAGCACCGAUAGAAUGCCACAGAUAUAUGAAAUUUUAAAGUAAUUUUGAUGCACUUGUAUAAUCUGUACAAGCUCGCCCGAUGUGUAAUUUAAAUGACCUAAAGGUCUCUGUUACCAGGGCAUAAAAAAAAAGUAAUUUAACCAUAAUUUCCUUCUUUUUUUUUCGUACACUAAAUCUCAAAUAAGUCAUCGGACGAAAGAUUAAAGUUAAAUAAUGGUAAUAUGUAAUUUUGCAACGUGCACUAUCAUAGUAAAUUUCUGCAUUUCGUGCCAAAAUUUCUCCUUAUAAACAUAUUUUAUUAAUGUCGACUCUUGAUCCUAUAAACGUUAUAUGAGAUUUCCGUUAACACCGUUAUAACGGUUAAUAUUAAUAGCGGUUUUUUUUUUCACGAAGACAAUGUAACAGUUCAGUACUAAGGUGCAAUAUGUACAGAAACUGUGCCAAAUGACACAGUAUUCAUUGUUCUAAUAAAAAGUCUUAGUAGUGAUUAAACAAAAUGACACAAACCAAAAAGACAAAUACUAUUUUAAGAAAAUUUCAUAAUCCAUGCUAUUAUUGGCACAGUGAUAUAAAAAUUCAGGAAUGUAUAAUAAAUAGUCUGUUCCAAUAUAAAUGGUAGAUUAUUUUAUUUUAAAUGGCAACACCGAGUUUUGACUAAAUCUUGACGGGUAUUGCUUAUCGCUAUGAGAUUCGUAUUUAUUGUAAGAUUUCAAUAAACAAACAGGAAAAUUGCGACUGUCGACAUAUGUACCUAAUUUGCAGUACUAAUAAUUAUACUCCAAUGCCAAUUAUUGUAUGGUUUACCCCGAAAUCGUUUUGUUUUAGGUUCUCAGAAACAAGUUCCAUAUCAGAUACGAGUUCAAUUAGGUUGAAUCUUCUUUCGUUAAUUUAUUAUUUAGUAUUAAGAUGAUAAUGUCAAUUUUAUUAUGAUAUGUAACUUAAUGAAUUUAUAAUUAUAUGUAUUAAUUGGGUCGCCCUUUUAGUUUUUUUUAGCGUUUAAACCAAACAAGAUUUAGUUGUAGAUGAACGUAAUUUUCAAACUGCUAGUUACACGGUUCAAUUUGUAUUGUAAGUAUGAAAAUGACGAGGAAAUAUACUUAAUACCUAACUAUAUAUUUAACAAGACAAUAAAAAUCUUAUCUAUUAACAUUAAUUACUUAUAAAAUUAUUAAUUCUAAACACUAAAUAAUUAUUAUAAUUUGUUUUAAAAUUUUCGGUACUCCCAUCUGCAAAUAAUACAAUGGGAUAAUGUAUUACAUACAUUUGCCGAGUCGUUGCCGUAAAUCAAAAACAAAGGUCAAAUAUGUUUUCCCUGUGGAUUAGCGCACUUUACCAUUUUGAAUUUCCUUUCAUUUAAAAUUAUCAUAAAUUCCGGUAUUUCGUUUUUCCUCGAAAAUGGCUUCAUGCUUUUUUAAAGAUAAUUUAAUUAUUUGCUUAAAAUAUUUUCAAGAAAUUUUAUGUUUCAAUUUAACAUGGCUGUUUUAAAUUAUGUAUCUUGUCCAAAACGGAACUAACUGUUGGCUGACAAUAACAUCAAACAUGCUUUUUAAAAAGUUUUAGAUGAUAUUGCCAUUAUCAAAAUACAUAGUUUAUAAAUUGAUUCGAAAUCAGCUAUGGUUCGAUUAGAUAAGUUUUAAGACUGUUAAAUAUGCCAUGUGCAAAUGCAUUUAUUGUUAAAUUUAUAGAAAAUUGACGUUUUAUGUUUUGCAAACUUCUAAACACUCGCACAUACGUACAUACAUACAUAUGUUUCAUCCGAUAUAGAGCAGACGCGCAUGUGUUUUUAUUCUUUGAACAGUUAUUAGGUAAAUUUGAAUAAUAAAUUAUUGGAUAAUACAUUUAUUUAGAAUGAUUAGUUGUCGUUAAUGUUACCAAUAAACUAUUAAGCAUUUACCUACGUACAUCGUACCCUGCGAUAGUUCAAAGCUCAAUAUUAGUUUUAAUUACGAAUUUAUUGUAAUUAUAUGUUGUAUGUAGUAUAAGGUAUUUUUGUUUUUAAUAAAAAAAAAAAAC